AUGCCGGUUCCGAGUACAAGUCUUUACGGAGGCCAAGGUAAACCAUCGUGUUACGACAGAGUAUCGACUUCGUUUAUGAUGGGAGCCACGAUCGGAAUAACUAUUGGAAUUUUAUUCGGCGGUUUAGGAGGCUUGAGGUCUGGGUUCAGGGGCCGAGAGCUCAUUGGCAGUAUGGGCAAAACUAUGCUGCAGAGUGGCGGAACGUUCGGCACGUUUAUGGGUGUUGGCGCUGCCCUUAGAUGUUGAUUUAUAAUUAUUUAUUAUUAGAUACAUUUCUUUUUUAAUACUAUAUUUAUGUAAAAUUUAAUUUCUGAUA